GCCGCCUGCGAAGCGAAGGAACGAAACUAAGCUACCGACGACAUGGGGAGCAGGCACAACGGCGGAGCUAGCGACCGCGCAGCCUUGGGCAAUGGCGGAGCACCGCCCGUGGUUGACAAGGAAGUGGAUUUCGCCAAUUACUUCUGCACCUACGCCUUUCUCUACCACCAGAAAGACAUGCUCUCCGAUCGGGUUCGCAUGAACGCUUACUACAACUCCAUUUUCCGGAACAAACAUCACUUCCAUGGAAAAACAGUUCUGGAUGUUGGAACUGGCAGUGGCAUUCUAGCAAUUUGGUCAGCACAAGCAGGUGCAAAGAAGGUCUAUGCAGUGGAAGCAACUAAGAUGUCGGAGCAUGCUCGUGCAUUAGUGAAAACAAACAAUGUCGAGGAUGUGGUUGAAGUGAUUGAGGGUUCUAUGGAGGAUGUUGUCCUGCCUGAGAAAGUUGAUGUAAUUAUCUCGGAGUGGAUGGGUUACUUACUUCUGCGUGAGUCGAUGUUUGACUCUGUAAUUUGUGCUCGUGACCGCUGGCUGAAGCCUAAUGGAGUCAUGUACCCAAGCCAUGCUCGGAUAUGGUUUGCACCUAUCAGAUCUGGAUUGGUGGAUAGGAAAGAGAACGAUUUGGAAGACGUAAUAGACGAUUGGCAUCAUUUCGUUGAAGACACUAAGGAUGCCUACGGGGUUGAUAUGGGUGUUUUGACUCAACCUUUCACUGCAGAGCAGAGGAGAUAUUAUCUUCAGACAUCCUUGUGGCAAAACCUUCAUCCUAAUCAAAUUAUCGGGACAGCUGCUAUUAUCAAGGAGAUUGAUUGUUUAACCGCCUCGGUAAAUGACAUCAGUGAGGUCAGGGCCAGUUUUUCUUCACCGAUCACCCUGGAAAAUACAAUCCUCUGUGGAUUUGGUGGAUGGUUUGACGUUCAUUUUCGAGGAAGAAAGGAUAACCCCGCACAGCAAGAAGUUGAGUUGACAACAGCUCCUAGUAAAGAUGCCGGCACCCACUGGGGCCAGCAGGUUUUCCUCACACACCCUCCUAGUUGUGUCACUGAAGGCGAUAGUGUCAGCGUAGAAUUCCUAAUGUAUCGGUCAAAGGAAAAUCACAGAUUAAUGGAGGUAGAGCUCAGCUGUGGAGUCAGGCAGUCUUCUGGCAAUCUGCUUCCACCAUUUAAAAGUAAAUUCCACAUAGAGUGAUCAAGCAACAGGGUGUCCGUUUCCAGCAUCAGUAAGCGUGUUGAUGUGCAAGGACAGAUAUAUCCUGAAGACCCGGGAUAUGAAUGUAACUGUAAAAUUUCAAAACAGAGCUUGGUUUGUUUCUGUAGAACAUAUUCUUGACGGCCAUAUGUGCAUUUUAGGUGCUCUGAUUCCUGGUUGAGAUAUUCUGAACUCCCCCAGAUUUGGUAUGGUGGUGGUCUCUGUACUCUGUUGUACAUUGACAUCCAAAGAUGGGAUUAUGGUUGUUAGGCUGUUUACUGAGUAGACAUCUAUUUAACCUUACCACCAUAUCCAGUGCAGCUUCAGGGCAUUUCUAAAUUGAUAUUUACACUUGCAUUUAGUCCUAAUAGUUGAGAUCUUCAUAUUUCCAUGUUUCUUUAUUCCCAAGUCAACUUCAAAUUCCGCAGAACACAAUAUUGUGCAUUUUGCAUAUGUGGGCGGUGGGUUUCGACUUUCAUAUAUGUGGAAGAAAUAUGAUAUCUUGUUUGUGGCAAAAGUUCUCCCGCCUUUCUAUAGCUUAUGCACAUGCAUGGCUUUAACUACUCUGCAAGUUAAGCUGGUUGUUCACCAAAAACCGCUAUAAAAUAAUGCAUCUUCAGUUCUUUGGAUCUCAUUAUCUUCUCUGAAUUGGUUAGAAACAUUCUACACAGGCUACAGCUUUCUAUUCCCCUUCACCUUCCUGCGUUUUCGCUGUUGUGGAAAAAAUGUAUCGAUCUGCAAGCACGUUCCGUUCCUCGUCUGAAGAGCACCUCCUCAACUUGUUGCCUGCUCUGGCAGCAAAUGGUUCUUCGCCUGUGAAAACAGUGGCGGGGUCUCCGUCGGAGUUGCCGGUGGCCUAUUCCCCUGUUUCUGAGGGGAGCAAGAAGGAACUUGGGGCUCUGCAACAGCACAAACCGCUGGGUGGGGAAAAUGGUGUUCAUCUGAUCCCAGUCGUUCUAUUCCUAUGUGGGUUGGCUCUCUGGCUUUUCUGUCCCCGUUGAUGGAGAAGUCGUCAUCAGGCGUCAGCCCGUCUUCUAAAGCAAGCUGCCGUGGGUUCUCUGUACCUGCUGGUUUUCAGGGUUUUGUUUCUCUUUGUCGUUCGAUUGUAAGUAGUUUACCAUUUGGGAUGCACGAAUGAAUGUACUGCUAUUGUCUAUCUACAAUAUACUAUAAGGCAAUGUCAAAAUAAACAACUUGCCACGUCAGCCUUUCCU